UAACAAAAACGAUAAAGAAAAACUAUUAAAACUGUGCAAAACGUACGCUAUAUGUAAAAUAGCACAUUGAAUUUUUUAAACAUAUUUUUAUUUAAAACUGCAAUCAUUGAUAAUUUUUUGCAGCUACAAAACCGUGUUACAAACUUCAGUGUAAUGCUUGGUGGCGGCGCUGAACGUUUAUGCACGCCAAGCACUUCAGCUGGUCCAUUUCGAAUAUUUGCAGUUGCGGGGUUUCAAAAUCGUAUUAAUGAUAUAGUAUAUUGUCCACCAAUAAUACGACAACCAACCCAAAAUGUAGAAGAUUCGACAGCGAUCAUAUACUUUGGUGGAGAUGUACAGGAUUUUCCAGAGAGUAUGGAGACGAACCGCGAUAGUCGCGGGUAUAUGAAAUACAAUUUAGAAAAUUCAGCUAUACUAUUGCGUGAGGCAUUUCCGCUGUCACAUAUCAUUGUCAUACGCCCUGUUAGAAUGGAGUUUAAAACUUUUAGUUGUUUUGACAACUUUGUGCGUGGAAACAAUGCUGGAGUGCCGGAUCAUACGCCAAUGAAUCAUGCUCUACAACAUUUAGAAAAAUUAUUACAAAAUCUAUCUCAACGCCUUAUAUCUAUACCAGAGAGCGAAAUUAUGGAUCAGGCCGCACAAGCAGCUGCUGCUGCAGCAGCAGUUGCAACAGCACUUUCAUCAAAUCUGUCAACUGUUACAACUGAUUCAUCAUCAUCGUCAUCGAUAUCAAAUGAUAAUAAUCAGGAAAUGGAUAUUGAUAUAUUGCAAGUUCAAGAAAAUAUUAGUGUUGAUGGAGAAAAUGCUGUGUUAUUUCCCAACAUAGCAGGUGCUGCAGAUAUCUCUAAGUCAACUGAUGAAACACCAACAACUAAUAGUAAUGCAUCUAAUGCAGAAAAUAUAUCUGUUUCAAAUGUAACUGCAACAAAACAACAUCCAACUACAGCGCAACAAAAUAAUGUUCAGCACUUAAAUAAUAGUAACAAUUGCACUCUUCAAAUUCAACAACAAAAUCGUUCAAAUAAUAAUCCAUUGUGGUGGCGUGAAAAUCUCAAUUUAGAUAAAUCCAAAUUAGUUCUGAUUGGAUUUAGCAAGGGUUGCGUUGUCCUCAACCAAGUGAGUCAAAUUUAGUGUAAAAAUCGUUAC